GUUUCACCAACAUUCUCAUAAAAAUCACACAUGCAAGAUUCUGACAUUUUUCGGUAAUUUCUUGGCGAUCCGCUUUCUACUUCUCCGAAUUUCAAUUUAGUGGUUGUUGAUUUUGAAUUCUACGAGUGUCGACCCAGGUGUGGCCACUCAGAGUGGGCCUGGAGCCAACAUAAGGUGGCAUGCCUGUGGCGCGUAAAAAUAAAAUUUAGGAUAGUGUUGGAUGUUGUUUGUUUGUUUGGAGUUUGGGUUCUAUACCACCGCCAAAAAUCAUUUAUCCAGUGGAACUGGCAUGACUUCGCCUGAGAGCGAGCACACGAAAAUUUCGGUCAUUUACAUGGGCGCUGUGUGGAAGACCAAAGUAAGCAACACCACCAAGAUUAACAAGUUGCUGGCCAUGUCUUUGACUUAUUUUCAUGGGCCUAGCACGCAUUCGACUUUGAGGGCCUCAAAGCACAAGAUGGUAACUGUAAGAACCAGGGAAGUACUCUCUGGUGAGAAAUCCUUGAAUGAGGAAGGUUUGAGAGAAAAUGAGGAGGUUCUUUUGGUUCAAUGCCGCUCUUCCCCUCCAAAGCAACCGCAACCAGACUUGAGGGGGCCAUCCACAGCUGAAAUGUGGGAGGCCACAAAGGACCUGGAGCCACGAAACAUUCAAAAGCCUGGACCCAAGAUACCGGAGACUGAAGAUGAGAUGGACAUAACAGUUAUGUUCACAAAAUGCUCCAUACGGUUUUCAAUAGACAGUCCUCGUAUCUGUAUUACUCUAUUUGAGACUGCUGCUCGCCUUUUGGCAUAUGCACCUAACGGAAUGGAAGUCCUACAACAAGUGAAGAAAGAGAUUAGCUCUAAGAGGGAACCCAAUCUUCACAGCCCAUAUGUAAAACAACUUACUGACAUGGGGUUUUCAGAACGCAUGGUCCUCAAAGCAUUGACAGCAAAAAGAAUGAAUGUUUCUGAGGCUAUGGAAUGGCUUCUAGAGCAAAGUUCUGGCUCCAAGGAAGAAGAGCUGCCUGAGCCAUCAACAAGCCAGGCAAAGACUUUGACAGUGUAUGAGUCAUUUCAAGACCUUUUGACCUCUGCUUUAAGGAGAAGGCAUGAUAAUUUUAAAUUGAACCAGAAACAUUUUGACCAUCUUAAGCAAAUGGGAUAUGAAGAAAGAGACAUUGAAAUUGCAUUGAGGGAGACGGACAACAGUCUGAAAGCAGCUUUGGCCUGGAUUCUUGGACAUACAUCCCGAGCUGUUCCAUCAAAGCUCAACCAAAGUUUAGAUCCCAGCGGAUCCAUGUACAAGUCAAUGAUGGCCAGUGAAAUAGUACAGCUCAAUCUUAAAAAACCAAAAUUUAUCCUUGCUUUACUAUCCAUUCUAGAGGAACCUCAGAGUCUCAGCUUGUGGCAAAGGGAUCGUGAUGUUGGUUGUGUUUUGAAUCAUUUGUCACUGCUGCACAACACUGAAAGUAGUGGAGGGAGACGAGUCAUAUGAGGUAACGCAGAUUGCUAAAAUUAAUGACGUAAUAAUUAGUUUAGUUCUGUUCAUGGAGUUGCUCUACAUACCUGGUCCUUCUCAUAUUUUAUUUAAAAUCAUUCUUGCUUUUGUUGCUAGAAAUGACAUGAAUGCACAGAGACAAAGCAAA